GGAAAGGAGUCGCCGUCCCAGUAUACCGUCGGCGUAGGCAUCUCAGCGCCUAAGCAGCUCGAAUCGCCACAGAUCUCGGUUCAUCUGCCAUGCCGGAGUGUCCCCGCUUCAAGCUCUAUCCCGCCUCAUCCCGUGACUCACUCGUCUACGGCACCGAGCGGCCAGGGUAUAGCCCAGACAACGAGAAGCCCGGCGCCGUCGCAACGGAGCUCGUGGAUGAGUGGGCCGCGCACAUGAAGGAGCAUGGCGUGAAGCGCAUUCUCUCGCUGCUCGGCGACGAUGAAGGUAUGCACACACACACACACACACACACACACAGAGGCGCUCACAGGGAUCUGAGGCAGAGAGUCCCACCCUCCCUGUUAUGUGGCCCAUGUGUGCAGUCGAGUGGUACGCCGAGCCCAUCGAGACCACGCUGGCCAAGCACGGCUUCGACAGCACCCACUACUCCCGCACAUCGGUGUUCAAGCCUGGUGCCAUGGACGUCAUGCUGGCGGCCUUCCAGGCAGCUGAGGCGGCCAACGAGCGCAUCGUGGUGCACUGCUCAGGCGGCACCGGCAGGGCCACUCUCGGCCUGGCCACCUGGGUGGCGACCAAGUAUGGCCUCAGUGCCGAGGAGGCGGUCAAUGAGGUGGUGGAGUUCGGCAAUGCGACAGGUGUGCCGAGGAAGCUGAGCCCGGUGAAGCUGGAGACGCUGCUCAAGGACAAAUGCCUGCAGGGGAAACACUGACUGAUGGCGGGGGCGAGGGGCUGGCUGGCUGGCUGUCGUGGGUUGGCCGUUUUGUAGUUGGUGGUGGUUGUGCCUUCCUGGUGUUGCUGCUGGUGCU